GAGAGUUUGUUCAUCUUGCCGCUCAAAGCCCCUGGAGUGCUAGCGCUGUUCAAAGUUCCCAUGGUUGACAGCAUGCAUGCACGCCGAGCACAGGCAAUCGAUGAACAUGCACAGUUUUCUCAUCCUUUCCCUCUCGCCAUCACCUUGAACUCGCCCAACGAUGUCUUCAGGUCACUUUUUUGAGGGUUCAUCCAAGAUACAUUUCUCUGGCAAUCCGUUAUUUGCGAAUGCAAAUAUGGUCACAAUCAACAACUAUUCAGCGCCAGCACGCACGGUACCCGAACUUGGAAUUUCGAGCUCUCGGAGGGAGGACGACCAAUGGCUUACUUUGCGUGGCAGCGGACAAAGGCUCAGACGGAUAGACAUGUGCGAUGUACUCGUUCUGCGUGAGGUGUCCUCGGAGACAGUUUAUGUUUCGGUCAAACUGAAGUCCACGAACCCAUUUCGAAACAGAGUGAAAAGUUUUGUGAAGAUCCGGAAAAGGACACAAAGUGCGGAAAUUAUUCCUGGCUUUGGAGAUCGACGGUUUACGGUCGUUUCACUUGAGCCCGAGGACAAUGGAGAUGUUGAGAAGAUACAGAGGGUAUUGGAGCCACUUUAUGAAACUGCUCUUUCUCAACGGCGAGUUUGCCUCACACAACUGUUUGGAGUGGGUCGGUCACCGAUACCAACAUUGAUAUACCACGACGCGGUCGUCGAUGGGUGGAUUUUCAUGGAACAAUACAAGAAGACACCAAUUGUAUAUUCCUACCUGUUCUGCAAAUUUUGGAAUUCAAUUAUCGACAUACUAGAAGACGCAGCUUUCCAGAAAUUGUCAAUUCCGGUCUCGGAUGACGCUUCGUAUUGGACAUUCAAUUCGAGGACUGGUUCAUUCCAGUAUGACGUCAUAAGCUUGACACUCUCCGACGAAGACGAACCUGGACUCUACUUAGUUCAACCGCCCCCACUUUCACGCAAUUGCAAUCCACUGCUCGAUUCCAACGGGAUCGAUUCCAACAAGGUCAUCCGCGCUGUUCCAGACUUCUUACAGCUGCUUUCGUCAUGUGCAAGUAAUACACCACGGAAGCUCCGCCAUCAUAACAUCCUAACAUUUGGCACUGUUGUUGACCUCGAGGAACCUGGAAUCCUCGCAUACUUUCCGUCCAUCCCAUCUCCUGUGUGGUCCUGUGAAGCUCCUAUCGGUACUCACGAUGUCGUUGCCAAGUAUUCGAAAUCAGUCCCUUCGCUAGUUGAUCUCACUUUCGUGAAGAAUAACAAUAAAUGGAAAUUGAAUGUUCAUUUCUCAUUACGACUAUCAGAGGAUUAUUGCCAGCGACUCCAGACUGCCUUCCUUGCGCAGUCAUUUAAUCUUCAUCCCGGUGAUCCCGAAGACUUGUUAUUCAUUGAUGAGCUUGACUUUGUACUCGCCGGCACCUUCACAUCUGAUCUGUCAAGUUGCAAUCCACCGAAAUACCUACAUGUCCCGCCUCUUUCCCCCGAUUGGAUCGACAACAUGCCCUGCCUUUGCUGGCCACCAAACGCCCGAUUGUUUUACUGGUCCUUUGACUGUCGUGGGAGGAUGGAGAUACCAGAAGAGGACUGGGAGAAGUAUGGAAUCCCAAACCUGGAAGUAAAGACAUUUGUCGGGUCAUAUUGGACAAAGUUGGUGUAUGAGGCAGCUGAGGAGUAUCUUCAUACCAAGUAUGACCUUGGCGGUCAACAGUUUGCCAAUGAGCAUGGGUAUCCGAUUCUAGUCAAAGGUGACCCUCAUGCUGCCAAAAUCCAAACUUCGCUAAACACUAUCAUGUCUGGGAAAGAAAAGGCAAUUAAAGACUUGUCCGGAGAGGGCAAACAAUCGAAAGCUCCUGAACCAAAUUCACACAUUGAAUUCCAAGCGGGUCGUAUCGAACAAGCAUCCAUAGUCGAAAUUUCAGAUUGACAGUAUACCUACUGAUGCAAAUCAUAAUCCCGUUGAAUGACGAAUUGCUCGGACUCGGAUACUUCAAUUACAUGUGAAUAUGAAUAUGUCCCCACUCCGAAGUAGUAUGUAACCGUAGUUGAAACAUGCAUUUUUGCGGUAAA